GCAGCAGGACGGAGCUACUUCAGUUUUUGAAGCCGUGGCAUGAAUGAUCUCAUCUGAACCUGAUCUCCGCUUUCUCUGCCGUCGAUCCUAUGACCGAGACGGAAAGAAAAUAACACAAACACGAGGAGUCUUGCUUCAGACUGGCCUAAAAUGGGCAGAAAUGGGGCUGAACAAAAGCUGCUUGUCGUUCGUACAAAAGUUCUUGAAGCGUUGCAGCCGGGACCAAGCUGUAUUACUAUUGCCUGUGCCUCUCAACAGGAAAGCAGAGAGACAUCAUGUUCCCGAAGGGCACCAAGCGCAAGUUUUCAGACUCCGGAGAGGAACCGGUGUGCAGCGGCGAUCAGGGCCCCUCGGCUUCGCCCGCUGCAGCUCGGACGCUUUCAUCAUCUUACAGUCUGCAGCGGCAGUCGCUGCUCGACAUGUCGCUGAUUAAGCUGCAGCUCUGCCACAUGCUGGUGGAACCCAACCUGUGCCGCUCGGUGCUCAUAGCCAACACGGUGCGGCAGAUCCAGGAGGAGAUGACCCAGGACGGCACCUGGCAGAUAAUGACCCAGGCCCUGGCAGCCGCCCAGUGCCCCGCCGAUCGCCUGGUGGCCACCGAAGUGCUGUGCAGACAGACUGAUGCGGCGGCGCAGGCUGGGCAGAGCCCCAAGCCGUUCCCGGUGUCUGGUCUGGAGGAGGGCUAUCACUCUGAGGAGGUGGUGAUGGAUGGAGAUGUGGAGGCAGAGGUCACCAUGUCGUCCUUGUCCCCGGUCUCGCCUCAGCUCUCUUCGGCCUCUUACCUGCCAGGUCCUUUCGGGAUGGCGCCCUGCUGGGAGGAAGAGGAGGAAGAUGGUGACUGCGAAGAGGAUGAAGAGGAGGACAGUGAGGAGUCCGUGUCAGAAGAAGAGGAAAGCGAGCCGGACCACCUAAGAGCAGACUCCAGGACUGGAGAGCAGGUUUUUGGGACUUUUGAGAUCAAACACCCGGCUCCGCCCCCUGACCCGGCUCUGGAGGAACUGUUCUCAGACGUAGACCCCUCCUACUAUGACCUCGAUACAGUGCUGACAGGCAUGCAGAGCACCCCCAAAAUGGGGCCCUACGACCUGCUGGAGAGCCUGUCCUCCCACGCGCCCACGGCCCUGAGCUCCAGCUCCAGCUGCAGGUCUGACCUGAACGAACUGGACCACAUCAUGGAGAUCAUUGUGGGAUCAUGAAACGGAGAGACGCAGCACUCGGACUAUGCACAGCAAACAGUGCGUGUUUGUGGUGAUGUUACAGAUUCUCACAGGUUUGGGGAACAAAGUGGGAGACUAAUCGAGAAGAGGGUCAACUUUCAGACUGUAAACGGUUGAAAUAAAGACGGAGAAAAGAAUGACUUUGGGCGUUGGAAAGCCCACCUGACCAGGGAGAAAAUUAGUGUCCUACUUUAAGAAAGUCCCAAACUUGCUGAUGUCUGUUGGAAGGCAAAGAUAAUUACCAAUACUGCAAUGAAAUCUGAGUCUCUGUUUCCAUGUUUCUUUUUUUUCAUACAUUCUGUCAUUCUAGCUCCUUCUGGUCCUAUUCUGCCUUUUAAAGUCCGGUUCUAUUUAUUGUUACAUGGACCAAGGGACAGCUCACCACACUACAUGCACCGAAACAGAACAAAUUGUAAAUCCAAAUCUAUGAAUUAAUGCAUAUUUUUUUUUCUAGAGAUUUGAGCAGUUAUGAAUGGAAUAUAUGUAAAUGUACGUAUGUGUAUAUAGAAAUAUAUUUUUUUGCAUUAUACGGCUUGGGGAAUUUUGCGAGCAUCGUUUGAUAUCCUGAUUAUUUUCUCUCCCGAGCAGUUUUUAAGGUUUUAAAGUAGCCAGACUGGAGGCGGUGUCUUCCUGUGGUUUGGUAUAGGAAGUCCGCAGUAGAAGGUGUGAGGCCUGGCAUCAAGGCGCUUUUCAGCCACUCACCAGAUGUGGCUCAGGACUUUUCAGUUUACAGUAUCCAGGAGACAAAUGAAGUAGUCGGCUGUUCUGCUUUCAGUACAGACCCAUUAAUGGUAAGAAUCUGGGGAAAGCCCCCAACACCCCCCACCAAAUUACCACCACUGCAUCAAGAAGCCAUAUUUUUUUUCUCAUUUGUUGCUACAAAUGAAGAACCUUCUGUAUUAACCCAUCUAAUUUAUUGUUUAUUUAUUGUAUUUAUUUUAUCUAGGUACAGACAUCGAAUUAAUUCAACCACCAGGCCCCCAAUGAAAUUGUAUUUAUCCAAAUUUUGCUCAGUUUUCAAUGCAGUACCUAUUUAUUCCUUUUUUUUUAAUGAUUAUUAGUCAAAAUAAAAACCAAUGGGGUGAAUCCUAAAGCUACUAUGCAGCUCGUUCAUGUGUUUCAUACUGACUGUAUCCUUAAAUUCCAUUAUGCAAACAGUUGUCUUUCUCCAAAUCUGUAGAAAAAAAAUGAAAACCGUUUUCUUUCUUUUUUUUUUUUCAAAUUGCUUCUUAAGGUGAUUAAACAUGAACUCAGGCAAAUGAAAUGUAUUGAUUAAAAUACAGUAUUACAACACGCUGAAUACCUUACCACAACACUCCUGAAGGAUGUCACUCUAGUCUGAAUAGGAGCUAGAACUUCAAAGACUUAAUUAUCUUUGUAAAAUGUAUGCAUUUUUAUAUCAAGAAAAACAUUGUAGCAUCUUUGUACAUAUUUUUUAUAAUAAAAGGUGCAACUAUU